AUAGCUCAAGCGAUCGAGUCGUGCAGCGGCUGCUUGCGUUCGUGCAUUUUUCGUACAGGACCGCGCGCGCCGCGGGUUUGAGAGGAGCGCGUGCACACGUACGAUACGAGCAUGGCAGACUACCACAGGAUCCACCCAGUGAGCGCGGGCUCGCCGCCGCCGCCGUCCGCGCCGCCGGAGCAGGCGUCGAGGAGCGGCAAGAAACCCAGCCACGACCAGCUGCCGGUGACAGCCCCUGCCCCGGCGCCGCCGCCCCCGCCCCCGCCCCCGCCGUCGCGGCGCAAGCGCAGCCGCUGCUGCCGGUGCGUGUGCUACACCGUCCUCGCCCUCGUUUUGCUCGCCGUUGCGCUGGGCGCCACCGCGGGGAUCCUGUACCUGGUGUUCCGGCCCAAGAUCCCGACGUUCCACGUGGACCGCCUGACGGUGACCCGCUUCGACGUGAACGGCACGUCGGCCACGGUGACCGACGCGUUCGACGUGGACGUGACGGCCGACAACCCGAACCGCCGCAUCGGGAUCUACUACGACGGCGGCGACGUGACGGCGUCCUUCAACGGCACCGUGCUGUGCAGCGGCGCCUUCCCGGCGCUGUACCAGGGCCACCGCACCACCGUGCACCCGCGCAUCUCGCUCGCGGGGGAGACGCGGCUCGACAGCGCCGUCGCGGCGCAGCUGCUGCAGCAGCGGGCGGCCGGGUUCGUGCCGCUCACCGUGCGGGCCCGCGUGCCCAUCCGCAUCAAGUUCGGCGCCGUCAGGCUGUGGACGAUGACGGGCAAGGCAAACUGCAACCUGGUGGUGGACAAUAUCCAGGCAGGCACGCAGCUGAGCAUCCGCUCCAAUUCCUGCACUUUUAAGCUUAAGAUCUAGAUGCGCCUUCCUUUGUCGGCCAUGCAUGGUUGUUGCCUCCAAUGACUACGGCUACGGGGGUGGUAGUGGUAGAGGUGUACAGUACAUUCUUUUCGGCACCUGUAUCCAUAGCUUAAUUGAUGGCUGUAAUAAAUAACAUCCGAUAUGCAUACUAUUUUGCUAUGAGAUUAUUUAUUAUAUAAUAAAUAUUAUUUAUAUAAUAAAGC